AUACAUUAAGGGAAAAGGAAAAAAAAAGUGAUAUAUAUGGAAGUUGAUGUAUAGACCUAUAGAUUCAAAUAUACCUCAUCACCUCUCUCUCUCUAAACUUUCCUUUUCUCUCCAAAUAUUUACACAAGAGAAAGAAAAUUCUACCUUGAUCUUUCUUUUCCUUUCAAUUGAAAGACUAAUUAAAUUCUCUCAUGAGUAUUUAUUACAAGAUGAUGUGAAGUCUAGACAAGCAAUGAGAUGGCUUUCUUCCAAGCAAAUUUCAUGCUACAAACCCCUCACCACCAUGAUGAUCAUCAUCAUCCACCACCUUCACUCAACUCAAUUCUACCUCAAGAUUAUCAUGGGGGACCAUCAUUUCUAGGGAAGAGAUCUAUGUCAUUUUCAUCAGGAAUUGAACUAGGAGAAGAAGUCAAUGCUGAGGAAGAUUUGUCAGAUGAUGGAUCACAAGCUGGUGAGAAGAAGAGGAGACUUAACAUGGAACAAGUGAAGACACUUGAGAAAAGCUUUGAGCUUGGAAAUAAGCUUGAGCCAGAGAGGAAAAUGCAGCUUGCAAGAGCUCUUAAUUUGCAGCCAAGACAGAUUGCUAUAUGGUUUCAAAAUAGAAGGGCUAGAUGGAAGACAAAACAGUUGGAAAAAGACUAUGAUGUCCUUAAAAGACAAUAUGAUGCUGUCAAAUUAGAUAAUGAUGCACUUCAAACUCAAAACCAAAAACUUCAAGCAGAGCUAUUGGCAUUGAAAAAUAGAGAACCAAUUGAAUCAAUAAACCUUAAUAUAAAAGAAACAGAAGGAUCAAGCAGCAAUAGAAGUGAAAACAGUUCAGAUAUCAAAUUAGAUAUCUCAAGAACACAAGCAAGUGAUAGUCCAUUAUCAACACAUCAUACUUUCUUUCCACCCUCUGCUAGGCCAGCAGGAAUUGCUCAACUUUUUCAAACAACUUCUUCAUCAAGGCCAGAAAUUCAAUGCCAAAAGAUUGAUCAAAUGGUUGUCAAAGAAGAAAGUUUAAGUAACAUGUUUUGUGGCAUGGAUGAUCAAACUGGAUUUUGGCCAUGGUUGGAGCAGCAACAUUUUAAUUAAUUGAUUCAAUUAAAGUGAGAGAGUUUUAAUUUAAAAUUUGAAUGUAGUUUUUUUUUUCUUUUUUCUUUUUCUAUGUGAAAUUAAUCAAAAGGGUGUCAAUCUGUCACCAUAUAUUUUAUGAGUUGUUAUUAUUAAAUUAAAAAGCCUUGUUAUGAAAACUUUUAAUUAAUGUAUAAAAUAGGAUAUUUCAACUUGAAA